CGGCUUAUGUAGCUGAAGGAACUCCUUGGAUACACGGGCAUCAUGGUGAAAAUGAAUGGGUCCAAAUCAUGUCUAUAUUGACACACAUCCACCCGUAACAUUACCAUGUUUUAAUCAACCAACGGAGCAACAGUUCGGGGAUGGAGAGCGACAUUUUGGACUCCUUGGAGCAGCUCGGAUAUGACGGGCCUCUAUUGGAGGAGAAGGUGCUGCUAAGAGCGGCAGAGGGAGGCCUUUCGUCCCCGGAGUAUGUGGACCUCUGUCGGUGGUUGGCGUCUAGACUGAAGCCCGUCUGUGGUUUGGAGGAGAGCAUUACAUCUGGACCAGACGACAUGGACAGCCUUCAGGUAGAGAUGAGCGGUUUGCUGAAAGAGCUGCACUGUCCCUUUGAAGGAGCCGUUUCAGGGAUCCUCCGGGGCAGCACACGGAGCACAAAAGACCACCUAAAGUUUGUCUUGUUUUUGAGCUCUGAGCUUCAGGCGGCUCAGAUCGUGAGCGGCAGAAGAGACGCUGAGAAGCACCGAGAUGAGAGUUCGGUUCAGCGGGAGCUUUCAGCGAUCUGUGAGACGCUGAAGCUGCCGGAGCCUGGAGGAAGAGAGGCAGCAGAGGUUUUUUCUCAAGUGAAAAACAAGGUGGAGCAUUUGCUUCAAGAACUUCCUAAAGGCUUCAUUGGUUCUCCAGUGUUCCAGAAGUCUCUGAGCAGUGAGCAGUGGGAGAAGUUGCACGGCAUCAACACGAUUCUGUCGUCAGAGUACGAGUGUCGCCGCAGGAUGCUGAUCAAGCGGCUGGACGUCACCGUUCAGUCGUUCGGCUGGUCAGACAGAGCCAAGGUGAAGGUGGACAGCAUGGCCAGAGCCUACCAGCCCAAGCGCCACUCUCUGAAGCCUCAGUCCUCGGUGGACGUGGCCGAGCUGCUGGCGGCCAGGGAGGACAUCUGCAACGUGGUGAAGACCAGCAGCGGCUCCAGCCGGGUGAACACCGCCUGCGCCGUCAACAAGGUUUUGAUGGGAAGAGUGCCGGACCGAGGAGGACGUCCCUCCGAGAUAGACGCCCCGCCGCCUGAGAUGCCCCCCUGGCAGAAGAGGCAAGAUGGAGGUGGAGGAUGGGGAGGGCGCGGCGGUGGCGGAGAAAGAGGCGGCGGCGGCUGGAGUCAAGGAGGUGGAGGAGGAUGGGGAGGUGGUGGAGGAUGGAAGGGAGGAGGAUGGAACCAAGGAGGACACAACAGACAUGGAGACUAUGGAGGACACGGAGGGAAGAGAGGACGAUACCAGUAUUAGCAUCUGCUGUGUUUUGAGUUUUCAUUUGAUCCAAAUGUAGCUAAAGUUGCACACCAUAAUCUAACAUGAACUCAACUCAGUCUAUAUCUGGUGGAACAAAACACUCAUCUGAUGCCAGCCGAUGGGAAACCUUCCCUCCUUAUUUUUUAUCAUCAGACUUCAGUAUUUUGUGUUGUUUUGUAUGUUUUAUGGGCAAAUCAGCUGUUGUUACUAGGGGUGCACUGAUUGAUCGGCCCCGAUUUCCUAAUUUUAUGUGAUCGGUCGAUACAUGUGAAGCCGAUCUAAUCCAUCAAUUUUAUCUACCUCCACAUCUGUAGUAGGAGGCCUGAUUUAAACUAUUAAAUUAGUUUACCUAAUUUAAUAGUUUAGACAGCAAAGCUCUAAACUUCUCAUUUUAUUUGAGAACACUACCUCAUGUGCGGUUAGAACGAGUUUGUAUUGUUCAGUGUUUUCCAAAGGUGUAUUAUGACCUUAUAACACCUGACAGUGUCACUUAUCAAGAAAAUCAGUAUCUACCAGAACUGGAUUCAGCAAGUCAGGCUCUUUAGAAAACUGCAAUCAGUGCAUCUCUAGUCAUUACGAGCUCACAGGUAAUAAGUGGGUUAAAUUAAACUAAUGUAAUGUAGCUCCAAUUGGGAGCUGCGGGUCGACAAACAAGACUUAUAGAACAGCUUUUCGGGAAAUUGUGUUUGUUAUUUAGCAACACUGUCCUGGGAAACUCAUCAUGGAAUGCUUCAAGAUGCUAAUUGUUUUACGUUUGACAAAAAAAAACCAACAUAUUUUUAACUGUGAACACUGGAAGUAUUAGAGCGGGUGGAUCAGAGGAUGACUAUGAUCAAAUCUGCAGUGCUGGUUAAAAGUUAAACCUGUUUAGCUCUUAAUGUAAUAUCGGUUUUGGAUUUUUAAAUAUGAUUUUUAAUUCUUUAUUUGUAUUUACACAACAACUUCUAAUAAUUGGGUGCACAGGUUUGAAUUUAUGGUGGACGUUAUUGAAUCUACAUUUACAUGCAGACUCAAAUGUACAUGGAUGCCCUCUGAUAUUUGGCUAAAUGUAACUCAUUAAACUCCAGUUGCGUUUUUCGACAAGCAUCUGCCAUAAUUCUGGUUGGUUUUUGACUCCCAUUCUUGUAGAUUUAAACCUAGGCGACACAUUUUCAGUAGCUUUCAUUUGUGUGUUCAUUUCAGUUUAUUUGCAUAAAUAAUUUUGACCAUUUGUGGAUUAGUGAAAAAGAAAACUUAACUCUUGUUUUUAAAAUGUUUAUUCAGCCCACCUCUUAGAGUAAACAAAGCAUCAAAAAACCAAAAGUAAGUAUUUGAAUUAGCAUGAUGUGACUGUAAACGUCUGACCUGAAAGCUGUUGGAAAAGGUUAACCACAGUGAGUGAGGACUUUUAUCACCGUAAAUAUAUGAGCAGAAAAUUGUACAUUUAGUCAAUUUUUCUACAUUAUUUCACAUGAAAAGAGGAGAGACCUCUUAAAUUUGUAUUAGAUUUGAAACUGAAAACUACCAGCAGCGCUGUGAAUGUGCUACCUGGAGUAGACAGGAGCCCUCGCAUCUGAUUUAAAAGAAUAAAAGCCUCUAUCAGUCUCCAUAAAAUGGACUGAACUUCGACAGUUUGAUGCAAGAACAACUUAUUUCAAUACUUUUACUUUUAUCGGUAACAGCAUGUUGGCUUUAAUACAUAUAGUUUAUAAACAUUUUUACAAUAUUUCAUUGGAGCAGAAUUUACAGUGACAAAAAUACCUGUACAUGGUUGAACGUUUACACUUUAGUUUUAAUUCUUAAAAAGAAAAAUCUGAAGCAUUUUCUGUUCAGCUCACAUCGUUGUGUCUUCGAAAAACUUGUCAACAACAAUAAAUUGAGACUUUUAAUUA